AUGGCAACACUAACCACGACACAAUCUUCAUUGUUGAUGUUGGCCCUGAUUCUCCUCUCACUGACUACGUCAUCACUGGUCCUGGCUGACUGCCGUAAGCUUGGUCUUCAGUACAAACUCGCCAGACCAGGUUGCCGACCAGUCACCUUGGACUCGGUAGGCUGUAGAGGCACCUGUAGCGGCUACACAAGGAUAUCACCCAAUAAUUACCUCGAGGUGGAACGAUCCUGCACCUGUUGUCAAGAGAUGGGUUUCCUAGAGCGCACUCAACGGUUACAAUGCCCCACCCUUAAUCCUCCCUUUCGUGACGUCACAUAUAGGAUACCAAGGCGUUGUUCGUGUCGUCCAUGCCGGUCAGUGGCGAGUGUGAGUCGAGUUCAGACGCUAGAAGAUCUACGGCUGGGUUGA